CAUUGCUUGUAAUUUCAAGUAGAUUUUCUUCCUUUUGACAAGGAAGAGGUUGUCGGGGAUAUGGAUAAAAGAGCGGUCACAAGGUCUACUGCACCUUGCCUGCAACUAUUGCGCUUUUAUUUAUAACACACUGGCCAGCUUCAGGUUAUUAAUCAGCCUCCAUAGCUUCGCCAACAGCUCCUUGGUGAAGGAUGGUUUUUCUUGUACUAGUUGUAAGAUUCUGUACCUCCAUAGACAUGCACAGAAACAUCGAAUGUGUUCUGCGGUUUCCUCUUCGUGACAUGAUCUGCCCAGUGUCUGUACUCCUAUCUAGUGCAUGUGCCUUCUUAAGUGGCAGUGCCCUAUCAGGAAUCCGACCAGAAUCCUAGUUCGGUUGUGGUUGUAAGUUUUGGGGAAGGUCCUUCUAAGUUCUAGUGCCUCAUACUUGUAUUAUUCCAUCAGGUUUUGGACUUAUUAAGGAUCCAUUUUAAGAUGUAUCCUCUUUUGUGGCAGGAUGCUAACCCACACUAAGGUUCAAGACCCAGAGUCCAUGUUGGCUCCCCUUUUUUGCCAACAUGUCGACUUUUUCGUUGCAUCUGUGUCCCGAGAGAUUGUAAGCAAAUUUAAAAUCCUUUGCAUAAUAAAAUAUAAAUAUUAAAAAAAUAAUAUAAACAUCGAUAUUUAUUAUCAAAAAGUAAUAAUGAUAUUGUCGAUGUCUCGAACAUCGAUGUGUUCAUUAAGCUGUCUCAUUUUGAUUUAACGUAAACGAAGAUUAUCACGUUUCUCGACCUUCGUUUCCGAAUGCUGUUAAAAUCGUGAAGAAUCACAGGGAAACUAUGGACAUGGAAAAGAAAGAAAACAAUCAUGCAAUUGAUUUAUUCACAAAGUUAUCUAGUUUUUUGAGAUUCAAUUUACAAGAAAUGUUGCCAUAUUGCAUAGAUAAAUACAAAAUGGAAAUUCCCUUAUAUGUCAUUGAGGAGGCUGAAAAUUUGCUCUUUUCGGUUACAGAUUUCAUAAAAAUGUUUAAAAUGAAAAAAAGCACAAUUGACAAAUGCCAGUUGGAAAAGGAGACAAUUCAAGAACCAGAAUGGUGUGAUAAAGAGGACGAAAUAACUCAGUCGGAGUUGUGGAUUGACAUGUUUAACAAGAUGAAAGAUAGUAUUGACAAGAAUAAACUCAAUAUAAAAGGAUUUUACUGCGGCAUUUGCAAUUAUUACUCACAGAGCAAGGAGGAUUGGGAAAGCCAUAUACUUUUUGAUACAGACCACAACAGAUACUACAAGUUGGCUUUGGUUGAUGGUCAAAGCGUCAUCAAGGUAUCCGAAUGUAAUUUUUGCGGAGUUGUACUCUUCAGCGAGCAGCCUCAUUUGGAUGCCAUCUUAAGAUCUGCACUUCACCAAAGUGUUCACAUUGCGCUCUUGACUUGUCAGAAUAUCCCUGCUGAUACUACUAAAACCGAUGUUACCACUCAGUUAGAACCGGACAUAAAAUCAAAAAUAUCAUCUGUUUCGCUUAAAUUACAAACUCUAAAAGUGCAUAUAGAAAAGUUAGGUAAAAAAGAUUCAAAUGAUUUAAACCAAACGUUCAAAGAAACUAGUAUAAAUAAAUCAAGUGAAAAUAAACCUGAAACAAAAGAACUUAAUAUUUCUGGCACCAUUUUAAAGAAUAAAUCUAAGAAGAAGAAAAAGAAAGAUUCUCUCCUUAAAUCAGAGAUUCAACACGGUCUGCCUGAAAACAAUGAAAGUGAAAAUCGAGAAAAAUAUCAGGAACAAGUAAAUGAUUUCUCACAUUCUGCUGAAUAUGAAAAUCAACCUGAAACAAAAGAACUCAAUACUUCUGGCACCAUUUUAAAGAAUAAAUCUAAGAAAAAGAAAAAUUCUCUCCUUAAAUCACAGAUCCAAACUGGCCUGCCUGAAAUCAAUGAAAGUGAAAAUCAAGAAGAAUAUCAGGAACAAGUAAGUGAUCUCUUACAUUCUGCCGAAUAUGAAAAUCAACCUGAAACAAAAGAACUCAAUACCUCUGGCACCAUUUUAAAGAAUAAAUCUAAGAAGAAGAAAAAGAAAAAUUCUCUCCUUACAUCGCAGAUUCAAACUGGCCUGCCUGAAAUCAAUGAAAGUGAAAAUCAAGAAGAAUAUCAGGAACAAGUAAGUAAUCUCUCACAUUCUGCUGAAUAUGAAAAUCAACAUGGCCUGCCUGAAAACAAUGAAAGUGAAAAUCAAGAGGAAUAUCUUCAACAAUUGAAUGAUCUCUCACAUUCUGCUGAAUCUGAAACAAAAGAAUUAAUUAUUUUAUAGUACUACUAAGACACUAUACGUAAGAAUAAAUAGACAGAUACUUUCCUGAACAUGCAAAUUUGAAACUUUGCAAAAUGACCUACUUGAAAACAAUAAAAGUGGAAGUAAAGAUAAAUAUGAGAUGAAGGAUCAAGAAAACAAUAGCAAUAAUAUUUUUUAUUUUUUUAAAGUAAAAUUUUCAAUUUCUAAUACUAACUGCUAUUUUACAAUGUUAAACAACUAUUGGAAUAUGUUAUUAAAUAACAGACAUUAGUAUAGUAUUAAACAAGACCAUUGUUAUCAUAAAUAUGUUUUUUUUUUAAUAUACAGAACUUCUUUUUUAAUUUAUACAUUGUGGUAUUAUGUAUUAUUUAGGUAUAAGUUACUACUAACAGAAUUGUUCAGUUUUUCAUUGUUUACAACCACUUUGAAAUUAAUGUUAAUUACACAAUUAUUUAUAUUCGUAUUACUACUUAUUGUAGUCGUUUUUCACAAAAACUACAAUUAAAGGAUUUUCAAACUUUUUUCAUUA